AUGGAGCGCAGUUGCUGGGCCCCGCGGACUUUCCUCCUGGCGCUGUUGCUGGGGGCGACGCUGAGGGCGCGUGCGGCGGUGGGCUAUUACCCCCGCUUCUCGCCCUUCUUUUUCCUGUGCACCCACCACGGGGAGCUGGAAGGGGAUGGGGAGCAGGGCGAGGUGCUCAUUUCUCUGCACAUUGCGGGCAACCCCACCUACUACGUACCGGGACAAGAAUACCAUGUGACAAUUUCAACAAGCACCUUCUUUGAUGGCUUGCUGGUGACAGGACUAUACACAUCUACAAGUGUUCAGGCUUCACAGAGCAUUGGAGGUUCCAAUGCUUUUGGAUUUGGAAUCAUGUCUGACCACCAGUUUGGUAACCAGUUUAUGUGCAGCGUGGUGGCGUCUCAUGUGAGUCAUCUGCCCACAACCAACCUCAGCUUCGUCUGGAUUGCCCCACCUGCUGGCACUGGCUGCGUGAAUUUCAUGGCUACGGCAACGCACAGGGGCCAGAUUAUUUUCAAAGAUGCUUUAGCCCAGCAGUUGUGUGAACAAGGAGCUCCAACAGAAGCCACGAUGCACCCACAUCUAGCUGAAGUACAUAGCGACAGCGUUAUCCUACGAGAUGACUUUGACUCCUAUCACCGACUAGAGUUGAAUCCAAAUAUAUGGGUUGAAUGUAACAACUGUGAGAUUGGAGAACAGUGUGGCAUUAUGCAUGGCAAUGCUGUCACCUUCUGUGAGCCAUAUGGUCCAAGAGAAUUGAUUACCACAAGCCUUAAUACCACAACAGCCUCUGUCCUCCAGUUUUCCAUUGGUUCAGGUUCAUGUCGCUUUAGUUACUCAGACCCCAGCAUCAUCGUGUCAUAUGCCAAGAAUAAUACCGCAGACUGGAUUCAGCUUGAGAAAAUUAGGUUUAGCCCUUCCAACAUCAGCACAAUCAUCCAAUUCCUCUACCUUCCUGAAGACGCCAAAGGGGAGAACGUCCAGUUUCAGUGGAAGCAGGAAAGUCUGCAUGUAGGAGAGGUGUAUGAAGCCUGCUGCUUAGAUAACAUCCGAAUCAUCAACUCAGCUCACAGACAAGUCGUUUUAGAAGACAGUCUUGAUCCAGUAGACACCGGCAACUCUUUUUUCCCAGGAGCAACAGUUAAGCAUAGCUGUCAGUCAGAUGGGAAUUCCAUUUAUUUCCAUGGAAAUGAAGGCAGUGAGUUCAAUUUUGCCACCACCCGGGAUGUAGAUCUUUCUACAGAAGAUAUUCAAGAGCAGUGGUCAGAAGAAUUUGAGAGCCAGCCUACAGGGUGGGACAUCUUGGGAGCUGUCAUUGGUACAGAAUGUGGAACAGUAGAAUCAGGUUUAUCAAUGGUCUUCCUCAAAGAUGGAGAAAGGAAAUUAUGCACCCCAUAUAUGGACACCACCGGCUAUGGGAACCUGAGGUUUUACUUUGUUAUGGGAGGAAUUUGUGACCCUGGAGAUUCUCAUGAAAAUGAUGUCACCUUGUAUGCAAAGAUUGAAGGAAGAAAAGAGCACAUUACACUGGAUACUCUUUCCUAUUCCUCAUAUAAGGUUCCAUCUUUAGUUUCUGUAGUCAUCAAUCCUGAACUUCAGACUCAGGCUACGAGAUUUUGCCUAAGGCAAAAAAACCAUCAAGGACAUAACAGGAAUGUCUGGGCUGUGGAUUUUUUCCACGUCUUACCUGUUCUGCCUUCUACAAUGUCUCACAUGAUACAGUUUUCCAUUAAUCUGGGAUGUGGAACACAUCAGCCUGGUAACAGUGUCAGCCUGGAGUUUUCCACCAACCAUGGGCGUUCCUGGGCCCUCCUCCACACUGAGUGUUUACCUGAGAUCUGUGCUGGACCCCACCUCCCCCACAGCACUAUCUACUCCUCCGAAAACUACAGUGGGUGGAACCGAGUAACGAUUCCCCUUCCUAACGCAGCACUAACCAGGGACACCAGAAUUCGCUGGAGACAAACGGGACCAAUCCUUGGAAACAUGUGGGCAAUUGAUAAUGUUUAUAUUGGUCCAUCGUGUCUCAAAUUCUGUUCUGGCAGAGGACAGUGCACUCGACAUGGUUGCAAGUGUGACCCUGGAUUUUCUGGCCCAGCCUGUGAGAUGGCAUCCCAGACAUUCCCAAUGUUUAUUUCUGAAAGCUUCGGCAGUUCCAGGCUCUCCUCUUACCAUAACUUUUACUCUAUCCGUGGUGCUGAAGUCAGCUUUGGUUGUGGUGUCUUGGCCAGUGGUAAGGCCCUGGUUUUCAACAAAGAUGGAAGGCGUCAGCUCAUUACGUCUUUCCUUGACAGCUCACAGUCCAGGUUUCUCCAGUUCACACUGAGGCUAGGGAGCAAGUCUGUUCUGAGCACAUGCAGAGCCCCUGACCAGCCUGGUGAAGGAGUUUUACUGCAUUAUUCUUACGAUAAUGGGAUAACUUGGAAACUCUUGGAGCACUAUUCAUAUCUCAACUAUCAUGAGCCCAGAAUAAUCUCCGUAGAGUUACCAGAUGAUGCAAGACAGUUUGGAAUCCAGUUCAGAUGGUGGCAACCGUAUCAUUCUUCCCAGGGAGAAGAUGUAUGGGCCAUUGAUGAAAUUAUCAUGACAUCCGUCCUUUUCAACAGCAUUAGCCUCGACUUUACCAAUCUUGUGGAGGUCACUCAGUCUCUGGGAUUCUACCUUGGAAAUGUUCAGCCGUACUGUGGCCACGACUGGACACUUUGUUUCACCGGAGAUUCUAAACUUGCCUCAAGCAUGCGCUAUGUGGAAACACAAUCAAUGCAGAUAGGAGCAUCCUAUAUGAUUCAGUUCAGUUUGGUGAUGGGCUGUGGCCAGAAAUACACUCCACACAUGGACAACCAGGUGAAACUGGAGUACUCAACCAAUCAUGGCCUCACCUGGCACCUGGUCCAAGAGGAAUGCCUUCCAAGUAUGCCAAGUUGUCAAGAAUUCACAUCAGCAAGUAUUUACCACGCUAGUGAGUUCACGCAGUGGAGGAGAGUCACAGUGCUUCUUCCCCAGAAAACUUGGUCCAGUGCCACCCGCUUCCGCUGGAGUCAGAGCUAUUACACAGCCCAAGACGAGUGGGCUUUGGAUAACAUUUACAUUGGGCAGCAGUGCCCAAGUAUGUGCAGUGGGCAUGGCUCAUGUGACCACGGUAUGUGCAGGUGUGACCAGGGGUACCAAGGCACCGAAUGCCACCCAGAAGCGGCUCUUCCUUCCACGAUUAUGUCAGAUUUUGAGAACCAGAAUGGUUGGGAGUCUGACUGGCAAGAAGUUAUUGGGGGAGAAAUUGUAAAACCAGAGCAAGGGUGUGGGGUCAUCUCUUCUGGAUCGUCUCUGUAUUUCAGCAAGGCUGGGAAAAGGCAGCUGGUGAGCUGGGAUCUGGACACCUCUUGGGUCGACUUUGUCCAGUUCUACAUCCAGAUUGGUGGAGAGAGCGCUGCGUGCAACAAACCCGACAGCAGAGAGGAAGGCGUCCUCCUUCAGUACAGCAACAAUGGGGGCAUCCAGUGGCACCUGCUGGCAGAAAUGUACUUCUCAGACUUCAGCAAACCCAGAUUCGUCUACCUGGAACUUCCAGCUGCCGCUAAGACCUCUUGCACAAGAUUCCGCUGGUGGCAGCCUGUGUUCUCAGGGGAAGGCUACGAUCAGUGGGCAAUCGAUGACAUCAUCAUUCUGUCAGAGAAACAAAAGCAGGUCAUCCCCAUUGUGAACCCGACUUUACCCCAGAACUUUUAUGAGAAGCCAGCUUUUGAUUACCCUAUGAAUCAAAUGAGUGUGUGGUUGAUGUUGGCCAAUGAAGGAAUGGUUAAAAAUGAAACUUUCUGCUCUGCCACACCAUCAGCCAUGGUAUUUGGAAAAUCAGAUGGGGAUCGCUUUGCAGUAACUCGAGAUUUGACUCUGAAACCUGGAUAUGUUCUACAGUUUAAGCUAAACAUAGGAUGUGCCAAUCAAUUCAGCAGUGCUGCUCCAGUUCUUCUUCAGUAUUCUCAUGAUGCUGGAAUGUCCUGGUUUCUGGUGAAAGAAGGCUGUUACCCAGCAUCUGUGGGCAAAGGAUGUGAAGGAAACUCCCGAGAACUAAGUGAGCCCACCGUGUAUCACACAGGGGACUUUGAGGAAUGGACGAGAAUCACCAUUGUUAUUCCCAGAUCUCUUGCAUCCAGUAAAACCAGAUUCCGAUGGAUUCAGGAGAGCAGCUCACAGAAGAACGUGCCUCCCUUUGGUUUGGAUGGAGUGUACAUAUCCGAGCCUUGUCCCAGCUACUGCAGUGGCCAUGGGGACUGUGUUUCAGGGGUGUGUUUCUGUGACCUGGGCUACACCGCUGCACAAGGAACCUGUGUGUCUAAUGUCCCUAAUCACAGUGAGAUGUUCGAUAGGUUUGAGGGGAAGCUCAGCCCUCUGUGGUAUAAGAUAACUGGAGGCCAGGUUGGAACUGGCUGUGGAACACUGAAUGAUGGCAAAUCUCUCUACUUCAAUGGCCCCGGGAAAAGGGAAGCAAGGACUGUCCCUCUGGACACCAGGAGUAUCAGACUCGUUCAGUUUUAUAUACAAAUUGGAAGCAAAACUUCAGGGAUUACCUGCAUCAAACCAAGAGCUAGAAAUGAAGGGCUUGUUGUUCAGUAUUCAAAUGACAAUGGCAUACUCUGGCAUUUGCUUCGAGAGUUGGACUUCAUGUCAUUUCUGGAACCACAGAUCAUUUCCAUUGACCUGCCACGGGAGGCGAAGACCUCCGCUACAGCUUUUCGAUGGUGGCAACCCCAACACGGCAAGCAUUCAGCCCAGUGGGCCUUGGAUGAUGUCCUUAUAGGAAUGAAUGACAGCUCUCAAACUGGGUUUCAGGACAAAUUUGAUGGCUCCAUAGAUUUGCAAGCCAGCUGGUACCGAAUACAAGGAGGUCAAGUCGGCAUUGACUGUCUCUCUAUGGAUACUGCUCUGAUAUUCACUGAAAACAUAGGAAAACCUCGUUAUGCUGAGACCUGGGACUUCCACGUGUCAGCAUCGACCUUCUUGCAGUUUGAAAUGAGCAUGGGGUGUAGCAAGCCCUUCAGCGACGCCCACAGUGUGCAGCUCCAGUAUUCUCUAAACAAUGGCAGGGACUGGCAUCUCGUCACUGAAGAGUGUGUUCCUCCAACCAUUGGCUGUCUGCACUACACAGAAAGUUCCGAUUACACCUCAGAAAGAUUCCAGAACUGGAAGCGAAUCACUGUCUACCUUCCCCUCGCCACCAUAUCUCCCAGGACCCGGUUCAGGUGGAUUCAGUCCAACUACACCAUGGGGGCAGACUCCUGGGCUAUUGACAAUGUUGUGCUGGCUUCAGGGUGCCCCUGGAUGUGCUCAGGAAGAGGGAUUUGCGAUGCUGGACGCUGUGUGUGUGACCGGGGCUUUGGGGGAGCCUCCUGUGUGCCCAUGGUCCCCCUGCCCUCGAUUCUUAAGGAUGAUUUCAACGGAAACCUACAUCCCGACCUUUGGCCUGAAGUGUAUGGUGCGGAGAGGGGGAAUCUGAAUGGCGAAACCAUCAAAUCUGGAACAUCACUCAUCUUUAAAGGGGAAGGACUGAGGAUGUUUAUUUCAAGAGAUCUCGACUGUACCAAUACUAUGUAUGUCCAGUUUUCACUUAGAUUUAUAGCAAAAGGUACCCCAGAGAGGUCUCACUCUAUUCUAUUACAAUUCUCCAUCAAUGGGGGAAUCACUUGGCUCCUAAUGGAUGAAUUUUACUUCCCUCAAACAACAAACAUACUUUUCAUUAAUGUCCCCUUGCCAUAUACUGCCCAAACCAACGCUACAAGAUUCAGACUCUGGCAGCCUUAUAAUAAUGGUAAAAAAGAAGAAAUCUGGAUUGUUGACGACUUCAUUAUUGAUGGGAAUAAUCUAAACAACCCUCUGAUGCUUCUGGAUACAUUUGACUUUGGACCCAGAGAAGACAAUUGGUUUUUCUAUCCCGGUGGUAACAUUGGUCUUUAUUGCCCAUAUUCUUCGAAAGGAGCCCCUGAGGAAGAUUCAGCUAUGGUAUUUGUUUCAAAUGAAGUUGGUGAGCAUUCCAUUACCACUCGUGACCUGGAUGUGAAUGAGAACACCAUCAUCCAAUUUGAGAUCAAUGUUGGCUGCUCCACUGAUAGCUCAUCUGCUGAUCCGGUCAGACUGGAAUUUUCAAGGGACUUUGGGGCCACCUGGCACCUGCUACUCCCCCUGUGCUACCACAGCAGCAGCCACGUCAGCUCCCUGUGCUCCACCGAGCACCACCCGAGCAGCACCUACUACGCGGGGACCACCCAGGGCUGGAGGAGGGAGGUCGUGCACUUCGGGAAGCUGCACCUUUGUGGAUCUGUGCGUUUCAGAUGGUACCAAGGAUUUUACCCUGCUGGCUCUCAGCCCGUGACAUGGGCCAUUGACAAUGUCUAUAUUGGUCCCCAAUGUGAAGAGAUGUGUAACGGACAUGGGAGUUGUAUCAAUGGAACCAAGUGUAUAUGUGAUCCCGGCUACUCAGGUCCAACUUGUAAAAUAAGCACCAAAAAUCCUGAUUUUCUCAAAGAUGAUUUUGAAGGUCAGCUAGAAUCUGAUAGAUUCUUAUUAAUGAGUGGUGGAAAGCCAUCUCGGAAGUGUGGAAUCCUUUCCAGUGGAAACAACCUCUUUUUCAAUGAAGAUGGCUUGCGCAUGUUGACAACACGAGAUCUGGAUUUAUCACAUGCUAGAUUCGUGCAGUUCUUCAUGAGGCUGGGAUGUGGUAAAGGUGUUCCUGACCCCAGGAGCCAACCCGUGCUUCUACAGUAUUCACUCAAUGGCGGCCUCUCAUGGAGCCUCCUUCAAGAGUUCCUUUUCAGCAACUCCAGCAACGUGGGCAGGUACAUUGCCCUGGAGAUACCCUUGAAGGCCCGUUCCACUUCUACUCGCCUCCGCUGGUGGCAACCAUCUGAAAAUGGGCACUUCUACAGUCCCUGGGUUAUCGACCAGAUUCUUAUUGGAGGAAAUAUUUCUGGUAAUACAGUCUUGGAGGAUGAUUUCACAACCCUGGAUAGUAGGAAAUGGCUGCUUCACCCAGGAGGCACCAAGAUGCCUGUGUGUGGCUCUACCGGAGAUGCCCUAGUCUUCAUUGAAAAGGCCAGCACCCGCUAUGUGGUCACCACAGACAUUGCUGUGAAUGAGGAUUCAUUCCUGCAGAUAGAUUUCGCUGCCUCCUGCUCAGUCACAGACUCCUGUUACGCUAUUGAAUUGGAAUACUCAGUAGACCUUGGAUUAUCAUGGCACCCAUUGGUAAGGGAUUGUCUACCUACCAAUGUUGAAUGCAGUCGCUAUCACCUGCAGCGGAUCCUGGUAUCAGACACUUUCAACAAAUGGACCAGAAUCACUCUGCCUCUCCCUCCCUAUACCAGGUCUCAAGCCACUCGUUUCCGUUGGCAUCAACCAGCUCCUUUUGACAAGCAGCAGACAUGGGCGAUAGAUAAUGUCUAUAUCGGGGACGGCUGUGUAGAUAUGUGCAGUGGCCAUGGAAGGUGCAUCCAAGGAAACUGUGUCUGUGACGAGCAAUGGGGUGGCCUGUACUGUGAUGAGCCCGAGACCUCCCUUCCAACCCAGCUCAAAGACAACUUCAAUCGAGCUCCUUCCACCCAGAACUGGUUGACUGUGAAUGGAGGGAAACUAAGUACCGUGUGUGGUGCCGUGGCUUCGGGAAUGGCUCUCCAUUUCAGCGGGGGUUGUAGUCGACUGUUAGUCACAGUGGAUCUAAACCUCACUAAUGCCGAGUUUAUCCAGUUUUACUUCAUGUACGGAUGCCUGAUUACACCAAAUAACCGUAACCAAGGUGUUCUCCUGGAAUAUUCUGUCAAUGGAGGCAUUACCUGGAACCUGCUAAUGGAGAUUUUCUAUGACCAAUACAGUAAACCUGGAUUCGUGAAUAUCCUUCUCCCUCCUGAUGCUAAAGAGAUUGCCACUCGCUUCCGCUGGUGGCAGCCAAGACAUGACGGCCUGGAUCAGAAUGACUGGGCCAUCGACAAUGUCCUCAUCUCGGGCUCUGCGGACCAGAGGACGGUCAUGCUGGAUACCUUCAGCAGUGCCCCUGUGCCCCAGCACGAGCGCGCCCCCGCAGACGCCGGCCCCGUCGGGAGAAUUGCUUUUGACAUGUUUAUGGAGGAUAAAACUGCAGUGAAUGAGCAUUGGCUAUUCCAUGAUGAUUGCACAGUAGAAAGAUUCUGUGACUCCCCUGAUGGUGUCAUGAUUUGUGGCAGCCAUGAUGGAAGAGAAGUGUAUGCAGUGACCCAUGAUCUGACUCCCACUGAAGGCUGGAUCAUGCAAUUCAAGAUUUCUGUUGGAUGUAAAGUGUCUGAAAAAGUUGCCCAGAAUCAAAUUCAUGUGCAGUAUUCUACCGACUUUGGUGUGAGCUGGAAUUAUCUGGUCCCUCAGUGCUUACCUGCAGACCCAAAAUGCUCUGGAAGUGUUUCUCAGCCAUCAGUAUUCUUUCCAACCAAAGGGUGGAAAAGGAUCACCUACCCACUUCCUGAAAGCUUAGUGGGGAAUCCAGUAAGAUUGAGAUUCUAUCAGAAGUACUCAGAUAUGCAGUGGGCAAUCGAUAAUUUCUACCUGGGCCCUGGAUGCUUGGACAACUGCAGGGGCCACGGAGAUUGCUUAAAGGAACAGUGCAUCUGUGAUCCGGGAUACUCUGGGCCCAACUGCUACUUGACUCACACUCUGAAGACGUUCCUGAAGGAACGCUUUGACAGUGAAGAAAUCAAGCCUGAUUUAUGGAUGUCCUUAGAAGGUGGAAGUACUUGCACUGAGUGUGGCAUUCUUGCUGAGGACACUGCGCUCUAUUUUGGGGGAUCCACUGUGAGACAAGCUAUUACUCAAGAUUUGGAUCUCAGAGGGGCAAAAUUCCUGCAAUACUGGGGGCGCAUCGGUAGUGAGAACAACAUGACCUCCUGCCAUCGGCCCAUCUGCCGGAAGGAAGGCGUGCUGUUGGACUACUCUACCGAUGGAGGAAUAACUUGGACUUUGCUCCACGAGAUGGAUUACCAGAAAUACAUUUCUGUUAGACACGACUACAUACUUCUUCCCGAGGACGCCCUUACCAACACAACUCGACUUCGCUGGUGGCAGCCUUUUGUGAUCAGCAAUGGACUUGUAGUCUCUGGAGUGGAGCGUGCACAGUGGGCACUAGACAACAUACUGAUUGGCGGAGCAGAAAUCAAUCCCAGUCAACUGGUUGACACGUUUGAUGAUGAAGGCACUUCCCAUGAAGAAAACUGGAGUUUUUACCCUAAUGCAGUAAGGACAGCAGGAUUCUGUGGCAACCCAUCCUUCCACCUCUACUGGCCGAAUAAAAAGAAGGACAAAACUCACAAUGCUCUCUCCUCCAGAGAACUCAUUAUACAGCCAGGAUAUAUGAUGCAGUUUAAAAUUGUGGUGGGUUGUGAAGCUACUUCUUGUGGCGAUCUUCAUUCUGUGAUGUUGGAGUACACUAAGGAUGCAAGGUCUGAUUCCUGGCAGCUCGUGCAGAGCCAGUGCCUUCCUUCCUCUUCCAACAGCAUUGGCUGCUCCCCCUUCCAGUUCCAUGAAGCCACCAUCUACAAUGCUGUCAACAGCUCAAGCUGGAAGAGAGUCACCAUUCAGCUGCCUGACCAUGUCUCCUCCAGUGCAACACAGUUCCGCUGGAUCCAGAAGGGGGAAGAAGCUGAGAAGCAGAGCUGGGCGAUUGACCACGUGUACAUCGGAGAGGCUUGCCCCAAGCUCUGCAGUGGGCAUGGGUACUGCACCACGGGUGCCGUCUGCAUCUGCGAUGAAAGCUUCCAAGGUGAUGACUGCUCUGUUUUCAGUCAUGAUCUUCCCAGUUACAUUAAAGAUAAUUUCGAGUCAGCAAGAGUCACUGAGGCAAACUGGGAGACCAUUCAAGGUGGAGGGAUAGGAAGUGGCUGUGGGCAGCUGGCACCCUAUGCCCAUGGAGACUCACUGUAUUUUAACGGCUGUCAGAUAAGGCAAGCUGCCACCAAGCCUCUGGACCUCACUCGAGCAAGCAAAAUCAUGUUUGUUUUGCAAAUUGGGAGCAUGUCACAGACAGACAGCUGCAACAGUGACCUGAGUGGCCCCCACGCCGUGGACAAGGCCGUGCUGCUGCAGUACAGUGUCAACAAUGGGGUCACCUGGCACGUCAUCGCACAGCAUCAGCCCAAGGACUUCACACAGGCUCAGCGAGUGUCUUACAAUGUCCCCCUGGAGGCCCGGAUGAAAGGAGUUUUAUUGCGCUGGUGGCAACCGCGCCACAAUGGAACAGGUCAUGAUCAGUGGGCUUUGGACCAUGUGGAGGUCGUCCUCACUCGCAAACAAAAUUACAUGAUGAAUUUUUCACGACAACACGGGCUCAGGCACUUCUACAACAGAAGACGAAGGUCACUUAGACGAUACCCAUGAAGAAUCAAAAAGUUUAUUUUCCUUCCAACAUGUGACGUGUUGCUUUCCCAUUCUUUUAAAAUCUCGCACUGCAUCUGAUAUCAGGAAAAUUCUGUGAAGGACUCGGUGAUUAACGGAAAGCCCUUCUCAAGACCGAGUGCACACCACUUCCCCACACUGUGAACUAAUGACAAGUGACUUAUUUUCUCAUAAGUAAAUGUCUUCAUGUUGCUGUGUCCGUGAAAAUUGUGAUCUGUUGUAAUAUCAGUUACAGUGGCAGUAUUGAAAAUAAGAAAUAGUUUAACAGAAAAAAAAAGUUUAAGCACAAAAAUUUAAGAGAUUUUAUGUUUAAAAUGGCAUUUAGUACAGAAUUUAACAUUCUUGGUCACAAAGCUAUUUAAGUGGACUGUAUUUCAGCUAUGUAUCAUGUUUUAUAUGAUUAAAUUAUCAUUGUUUGUUUUAUGUAUUAUCUUCUACAGUAUAACACAUUGACACUGUAUUUACUUGUUUUGUUGCAAUAUUUUGCUGCUGAAUUUCAGGCUACUUAUAUUCUGCAGAAAAUUCAUUGAAAUACCUACUCAAGAAGAUAGUUGUAAAGAUAUUGUAUCUCCUUUAAUAUACUCCUUAAAAUGUAUGUUGGUUUAGCGUUGUUUUGUGGAUAAGAAAAAUGCUUGACCUUGAAAUAUUUUCUACUUAAAAAUUGUGGAUGAAAACCCUAUCUCCCACAAAGUUCCCAGCUCCUUGUCUAAAGAUUUUUUUAAAGUGUUCUGUGGCUGAUUUACUAACAGUGACUGCCAUUUUGUGUCUGUGGUAACAAGAGUGAUUUGUAAAACAGUGGAUGUUUUCAUUGUGUUCUCUUCGUGGAUUGUUCUUCCUGCGGGUCAUUCUCAUACCUUCUGAUGAAGUUGUACCAACACCAGCAACAUUAUGAUGGCCCUGUAGCCCUGAACUCUCGAUUAACCUAACUGAAAGGUUGUACUCUAGGGUGAACCAAGCUAAAAGCCCAUACUUAAAUAAAAAUUAUGUCCAUAAGCCA